AUGGCCGAAGCGCAAUCCCAUAUCACCCACACGGAAUGGUCUACAAUUGCACCGUCCAUGAUGCAUCAGGUCACUUCUGGGCCGGGAGUGGCGCCUGGUGAUCACAUGGCCAAACAUGGCGAGGAGCUCUUGUCCUUCUCCAAGGCCACCACCAUCGUCGACAUGGGCUGUGGUCCCGGUCAAGUUACCAACGCUGUCCUCCAAGCGCAUCAUGCUCAGUUGCCGCCCUCUACCCAGUUGAUCGGAGCCGACAGCAAUGCACAGAUGCUCGCCCAGUACAACGCACGCAAGAAGGCGGAGGUGGACAAGGGCAACACUUACUGGCAGUGUGCCAAGACCGUCGAGGUUGACAUCCACGAUUGCGCCGCCUUCGAGGACGAGUCGGUCAGCCAUAUGCUGUGCGGCUUUGUGCUCUUCUUGAUUCCCGACCCCGCGAAGGCCAUUGAUGCCAUCAAGCGCGUUAUGGCCCCUGGUGGCGUGGUCGCCAUGUCGUCUUUGCAGAGCAGCGACUGGAUGAAACUUUCCAUGUAUCCCUUGAAAGUACGCCCGGACCUGCGAAUGGAUGUACCCACCAACGGCUGCUCUUCUGCAGAGGAUGUGACAAGGCGUCUAAACGUGGCUGGCUUCAGGGAUAUUGAGGUCAUCCAAACCGAGAAUUACCUGGCAUUUGAUGAUUACGACACAAUCUGCCGCUUCCUCUUGACCAAGCUGCCUAUGGCUGCGAGGAUCAUAAGCCAAAUGACGAAUGACGAGGUGCUGGAGACCCAUAAGCUUAUGAUGGCGGAUCUGGAGACCUGGUAUCCCACUCUGCCGGCAAAGAUGGUCGGCAAGGUCAACAUAGCUUAUUGUCGCAAAUAA